AUGCGGGGCACCUUGAGUCUGAGCGCGCGGCUGGCGUCCACUGGCAGGCACGUGGCUUUCCUGGAGCUGGGCCCGGAGGACUGCGUGGGGGGCCUGAACCGGGCCGCCGGCGAGGCGGCAGGCGCCCGCUUCGGCGGGUGCGCCUUCCGGGCCGUCGCUGGGGCGGUGCCGCUGGACGAGGGGGCGCCCCUCGCCGCCGCGGGCCUGCAGGACGGCGCCACCGUUGAGCUGAUCAGGGGCUGGAGCCAACGGCGGGGGGUAAACACGGGAAGCGGACGGCACCACCAAUAG